AUUAUUAUUAACAAAAACAAGAAAAUAAAAUAAAAUAAAAUAAAUCUCUCCCCCUCUCCUACACACUCCAAGCCUCUGUCUUGUAUAACAAGGAUUCAACAUUUCCACUCCUUACCUGUCCAAGGAAUCCUCAAAAUACCAAAUUCGAUAAACCCUAUAAUAUUUCAUAAACAAAUCACUCAAAAACACCAAAAGCCACAAACCAAAAAACUCUUCUUCUUCUUCUUCUUCUCUUCCCUGUCUGGUUUUUUCUAAAGUUAUUAUCACUUAAAUCCAGUCUACUAAAAACCCAUCAAAAUCUGAAAAGUCUGAAUCUUCUAUAAAAAGUUCGAGUUUUUUUUUUUGGCUUUUAGUAUUAGUAUGCAUAGAUCCAGAGCUGUUAUGGCUUGGAAUGUGUUCAAAUUUUGUACGGCCUUAAGGGGUUUAGGCUCGAUCAUGAUCUUGUUGGUGCUUGGCGUUGUUGGUGUAACAUAUUAUGCUGUUGUUUUGAAUAAUUAUGGCCCUGCUUUGUAUGAUGGUGGCAUUGAUUCUCUCAUUUCUCUUGCUGUCUUGAUCCCAUUCCAUUCUUUGUUAGCGAUGCUUCUGUGGAGUUACUUUUCUGUUGUUUUAACUGAUCCGGGCAGCGUGCCUCCUAAUUGGAGGCCUGCUACUGAUGAGGAAAGAGGGGAGGCUGACCCGUUGAAUGCAUCAGAAUUUAGUGGAGUGCAGUCUGACCAAUCAAAUCAAACAAUCCGAUAUUGCCGGAAGUGCAACCAGCUGAAACCACCUCGUUGCCAUCAUUGUUCUGUUUGUGGGAGGUGUGUGCUAAAGAUGGACCAUCAUUGCGUAUGGGUUGUAAAUUGUGUUGGGGCCUUGAAUUAUAAGUAUUUUCUUCUAUUUUUGUUCUACACAUUUCUUGAGACAAGUCUUGUAACUUUCUCUCUUUCACCACACUUUAUAGCAUUCUUUAGUGAUGGAGAAAUUCCUGGGACUCCAGGCACCCUUGCAACCACAUUUCUUGCCUUUGUCUUAAAUCUGGCGUUUGCAUUGAGUGUUCUGGGAUUUCUGAUCAUGCACAUAUCGCUUGUGUCUGCUAAUACGACAACUAUUGAGGCAUACGAGAAGAAGACCACCCCAAAAUGGCGCUAUGACCUUGGUCGAAAGAAGAAUUUUGAGCAGGUGUUUGGGGCAGAUAAGCGAUACUGGUUCAUUCCGACUUAUUCAGACGAUGAUUUACGGCGAAUGCCUGCACUUCAGGGUCUUGAAUAUCCAUCGAAACCCGACUUUGAUUCCCAGGAAUUCUAGGCAGCAGUUGUGCAUCCAUGAAUGAGGAUUUUUUUUCCACUGGAACAAUAGAUAUGGAGCCCCACAAAAAGAUCCAUCACAAAUUAACCGGUAUACAACCUUCCAGCAGCUAAUUUGCUCCUGACCAUUUAUUCCCACGGACAUCUUGUAGAAAUAACAGGAAAAAGAAAGAGAGGGCAGGGUGCAUUGCAUUAAGAAGUUGAUCAGGUGAAGCAAUACCUACUUUGCUUGAAUGUGGGGAUGGCAUGAUGUUUUUUUUUUCCUGUUCUAAUUAUCAGGAGCUUGAGAAUUGUAAGAUAAGGAAUGCUAACCUUUUCAGCAUCUUGUGCUCAGCUGAUGGUACAGCAAGUUUUGCUGUACGAUUUGAAUGGAAAUAUAGAAAUUAGUGUGGUUUGCAUAA